AUGAAAAUUGAGGAAGAAGAUAUCGAAGAUGAGGUUAGUUUCCGGAAUUCCUCAGUGGUGUGUUGGAUUUUGGGGGCUAAUGCACCAAUUCAAGUCAUGGAGGGUUUUUUCAGGCGCAUUUGGAGGACCUUGGGGGUGGAUAAAAUUGGACUAUUGAAGCAUGGCCUCUUUAUAGUGCGGUUUACCUUUAUGGAGAGUAGAGACAAGGUGCUUACAGGUGGAUAUCAUUUUUUUGACAAGAAACCUUUGAUGCUUAAAGCUUGGGAUCCUAAUGUCUGCCUACAGAAGGAUGAUAUUAGAUCAAUACCCAUUUGGAUCCAAGUUCAUAAUCUUGAUCUAAAAUACUGGGGUGCUCGAUCCUUAUUCAAGAUUGUUGGGCAAAUUGGCAAGCCAAUCAGAGAAGAUUUGGCCACGAAGAAUAGAGAUUGUUUGCAAUUUGCCAGAGUGAUGGGGGAGGUAAAUGUGUCACAGGCUUUUCCAUCAUCCAUUAGUUUUGUGAAUGAAAAAUCUGAAAUGAUUCGUCUGGAUAUUUUUUAUGAAUGGAAGCCUACUUUAUGUUCAAUAUGUAAAGGGAUGGGACACGAAAAUACUAAUUGUCGCAAGCAGCAGCAAAAUUCGACUCAUGUGACAGCAAUAUGGAAACCUAAGAAUGAUGUCUGGGUGUCUAAGGAACAAAGCAAGGAAAACAAGCCUGGACUGGGGAUUUCAGAGAAUCUGGGGCUGGGGAACACUAAGGAUACUACCACAAAGGAAUAG